AUGUAUAUAUGUCAGGUAAGUAUAUUGUUGUAUAGUCUUGUUGGGGUUGCACUUGCAUCUAUCGGAGACCAAUCGGAAGACUUCGUCUCGUGCGUCGAAGAUUGCAAUUCAUAUUUGAAAUGUUCCAAUCCUAGACUGUACCCAGCUCCCAAGUACCAGAUGGUUACCCCCAUUGUAAAGUAUACACCACAAGAUUUCUUGGAAUAUCAUCAAAUUGGGUACAUCCCCAAAAUAUUAUUUGAUUGGGAUUGUUCUCUGAAUUGUAAUUAUCAAUGUACUCAAUUCACAACUCAAAAUAAUAUGGUUAAUGAAAAGCCAGUUGUACAAUAUUUUGGUAAAUGGCCAUUCAUAAGAAUCUUUGGUAUUACAGAAAUAUUUUCUGUAGUAUUUCUGUUAUUCAAUUUAUAUUCAAAUUGGAUAAAUUUACCUAAAAUACAUUCUGAAUAUGAGAAACAUAUAAAUAAUGAAUUCAAGAAUAUGUAUCUUCAAUAUUUGAUUUUAUUAUAUGUUUCCAUUACUGGUUGGAUUUUCAGUACUUUAUUCCAUAUCAGAGACUCUCCAUUGACUGAAACUUUAGAUUAUUAUGGAGCAAUUGCAAUCAUUGUGUGCAACUUUAAUACCAUCACAAUUCGUUACUUUGAACUAUACAAGGCAAAAUAUAAUAAAAUUCGAUAUAUUUUCCAAUUCAUAUUAUUUUCGAUUUAUAUUUUACAUUUAAUCAAAUUACAAAAUCAUUGGGAUUAUGAUUAUAAUAUUAAAUUUAAUCUUGUUUUCGGAGUUGGCGCAUUAAUAUUAUGGUGUUUACAUUCAUACAAUGUAAAUAUUUUAUAUGGGAAAAACAAUCAUAUUUAUAAUAAUUCAAUUCAAUUAUUACCUUAUGAAACAAAAAUUAUGUCAAAAUUGGAUAAAACAAUUUAUUUAUCAAAUGUUAAAUUAAUUCCGAUAUUGCCAAUUAUUUUGAAUGCUGUGUUGAUAUUUGGUAUGAGUUUAGAAUUAAUUGAUUUUGUUCCAAUUUACCUAUUGAUUGAUGCGCAUAGUUUGUGGCAUUUUGUUACUAUAUUCCCAACAUUAAUUUGGUAUGAUUGGAAUAUCUGGGAUAUUGAAUUGAAGAAAUUAAGUUCUGAUGUUAAUAAGUUUAACUAG